GUCCCUUGCACGCUUCGCCACCUCGUGCACAAUCUGCCACGGCCUUUGAAACGCUAUAUAAAGUGACAAAGCUGGCUCGUUCGCGGGUAUCUCCGCUUCGGCUUAAACUCGCGCUUUCCGGCCGCGCCGCGAUUCGGGAAGAAUCACGGCCGUGGCUUUUUUCACAAGUUCCUAUCGGCAGCCGUUCGAGCAGAAAGCGACGAGGUGAUUACACACGACUCGAUUUAAAGGACGCUACUCGCAGUGCCGUGCGCUUCGUUCCCGAGGAUGUCACGUUUCAAGUCACUCAGACGACGUUGAAUUGACGUGUCGCUAGGCAUCGUCGAGUUGACACUGUCAAACAUUACCAACAUUCUUGCCAAUACGGACACCGCUUUCUCGACACUCUUGCUCAGGAAAAAGAUAUUCGCAAUAUGAAGCGCUGUAUUCUGUUGUUCUGCGUCCUGGCGGUUCCACGGGACUCCGAAGCGUUGCCUCAAGAAUCCACGGAUUAUGAAGAUAUGUCCUUCUGGCUGAAGUCUGGCCAAGAGACCUUGCACAAGAUCCUGAACCACCGGAACAACGAGAACCGUGCUAAGAAUGUAAUCAUCUUCAUCGGGGACGGCAUGGGUCUGUCCAGCAUCACGUCCGGCCGAAUUUAUAAAGGUCAGCUCAAGGGACAGGCCGGCGAAGAAUAUCAACUCGCGUUCGAGAAGUUCCCCAACACCGGGCUCGCCAAGACUUAUAACGUGGAUAUGCAAGUACCCGAUUCCGCGGGAACGGCCACCGCUAUAUUCUCCGGCGUGAAGUGCCGAUACAACGUUAUUGGACUAGAUGCAAGAGCCCAGAAGAAGAAGUGCGACAAAAAGAUCAAUGAAGCUAGCAAAUUAACCACAAUAGCCGACUGGGCGCAACAAUCUGGCAAGGACACAGGAUUUGUUACCACCACUCGAGUGACCCAUGCCACUCCCGCGGGACUGUACGCGCAUACCAACAGCCGGGAUUGGGAGUGUGAUAGUAAAAUGACGAAAUCCCAGAGAGAUUGUGUCAAGGAUAUCGCGAGACAACUCAUAGAGGAUGAGCCGGGAAGUCAUUUCAAAGUCAUCAUGGGCGGCGGUGGACAAUACUUGGGCAUGCCUUUGGAAUCAAACGAGACUGAUACUUGCAAACGAGACGACGGUAGAAAUUUGGUGGAAGAAUGGCAGGCAGCUCAUCCGCAAGGGAAAUUCGUCAAUAAUACGCAAGACCUAAUGUCUGUCGACAUCAGCAAAACGUCUCACAUCCUCGGCAUCUUCUCACCUAGUCACAUGCCCUAUCAUGCCGUGAAGAGCAGUGAAACGCCAUCGUUGUCCAAUAUGACCUUACAAGCUAUCAGAAUGUUGAAGAAAAACAAAAACGGAUUUGUUCUGAUGGUGGAGAGCGGCAAGAUCGAUUUAGCUCAUCACGCUAAUUUUGCGAAAUUAGCAAUGCGCGAAUUAUCGGAGCUCGAAGAAGCGGUUCUAGUAGCCCUUCAGCAAGUGAAAGUGGAGGAAACGUUGAUCAUCGUCACAGCUGAUCAUUCGCACUCGUUCUCAUUGAACGGAUACCCUAAGAGAGGUAACGACAUCCUCGGCUUCGCUAAUAAGCCCGACGAGCCGAAUACCAAGCCCUACGAAACACUGGCCUACAUCAAUGGUCCAGGAUUCUUUUACCAUCGAAGAAACAACAGCAAUAAUGUCAAUGAAACUUGGAGGCAAGUCGAGCAAGAUGAAACUCGCGGUGAACCCUUCUACAGGAACUUCGCCGGCAUCUACCUCAAAGACGAAACUCAUGGCGGAGAAGACGUCGGAGUUUAUGCUAUCGGGCCCUAUGCGCACUUGUUCCGGGGUACUUUCGAACAGAACUACAUUGCUCACGCCAUAGCAUACGCGGCAUGCUUCAAAGACUGGCCAUCUCAUUGCGACGACGCUUAUCAUCGUUAUUUUUAUGCCAUCAAUAUGCCAGAACAAAGCAUCAAGUGGUCCAAUUCGGCAAGACAAAACAUCGUAUCGUUCACGACUACAAUAGCUCUCCUAUUAUCAAUGAUAUUUUUACGAUUUUGUUAAAUGUAAUUGCACUAAUACAUAUUUAUGAUUAGUUAGAAAGAAAAACUCUCUCUCCAUAAAUUUAUCUGAGGAAUUAUUAUUUAAUAAUUAUUUAAGUAAGAUAUAUUUAUAAUAUAUAUAUAUAUAUAUCGUAUAACGUAUUAAACGUAAGUGCUGUUUAAUACUGCCGUUGAAACAUGAAAAAUACGACUUUGUCCAAUAUUUUUCAUACAUUAAAUUUCGUGAUAUGCGAUAAUCAAAGCCACAUAAAAAGAUACGAAAGACACUACAAUAUAGAAAAUUGUGUAUAUUUGUUUCGAAGUAUAGGCGAAAUGGAACAGAUUUAUGUACUUUUGUGCGUUACUUAUACAGAGAAAAUAGAUUUUUCUAUGUAUAUAUAUUGUAUGUGCAUCAUAUUAUUACAUGUUUUAAUUAUAGACGGACAAACGAACUUAGCUUAGAUGGCGCAAUUGUACAGGCUGACCCACGUGAGGCUUAAUAAUUUAAUAUCCUAAAAACUGUGCGAUUAAUUUUAAUCGUUCUGAUUUUGAAUUUCAUCCCAGAAGCCUUUAAAUCUGUGUAACUUCCCGCAUUAUCUUUUGAGAUACGAACAAAUACAUACUCUAUGUUUCAGAGAA